AUGUCCCUGGUUGAGCCGCCUCCGUAUUUGGCCAGUCUGCAGAACAACAUUCGGGCCAGGCCAAUUCCAUGGGAUGGGGCUGUAAGAGCAGGGAACCUUGCUGACGAGCAAUUGAAGAAGAUCAAGUCUGUCGACAAAGUCAGAAAGGAGCAGAGGAAACAGAACAUCGAGAGUGAUCUGCAAGGUUACACCACAUUAUUGAUUGGAGGGAAGAAUGGUACCAGCGUACUGGAGAAGGCAGCCAAGCGGACAGAUAUAAUACAAUAUGUAUUGGUCCUGGCAGCAGAUCUGGUCAAUGACUCGCCUUCCUUAGCAUCCAAGCUUCUCGACGAACCAGAACCAUACAAGCCAUUCUUACCACUAUUGUCACAAUCUUCGAACCCCGAGGAUCCAAUUCCACUCCUUGCUUCGUCAUUACUUAACAAUCUCGCCUCCAGGUCGUUGACCUCUUCCUCCAAGUCAUUACCUAGGGAUGAAGAAGCCCUGCCCAAGCUGUACUCAUACCUCAGCAAACUAGCCAAUAGCCAGGAUAGCGGGUUACAGGACAUAGGUGUCCAAGGUUAUUCCGCGCUUCUCCGCACAAAGAAGUCCCGGGAGUUGUUCUGGAAACAACGAAAAGAUACAAUUACCCCUCUAAUGAACAUACUUCAUUCCGCAGCUGGAGCUGCCAAGGACACCGACUCUACACUGUGGAGCGGCGCAACAAGCAUCCGAGGAACAGAUGCCGCAAUAGGCGGAGGAGUCGGCUUGCAGCUACUCUACCAUGUCCUCUUAGUCAUAUGGCAGCUGAGCUUCGAGGGUAAAUUGAUAGGAGAGGAGCUAGAACGCGAACAUGAAAUCGUCCCACUUUACACCCAACUCCUCCGCAUAUCUCCCAAGGAGAAAACAACCCGCCUCCUGCUCUCAACCCUCUAUAAUCUGCUAUCCGCAAACCAAUCCACCUUGAUCCCAGCAGCCACAUUAGUCCGCCUCCCAGCCCUGCUAGCCAACCUCAGCGGCCGCCACCUCACAGACCCAGAUCUCCUAGACGACCUCAAAAACCUCGACGAAAUGCUCGACGAAUACACCAAAACCCAAACCACAUUCGACGAAUACGCAGCCGAGGUCGAAUCCGGCCAUCUCCGCUGGUCACCACCACAUCGCAACGCCACCUUCUGGCGCGAAAAUGCCCGUAAGAUCCUCGAGUUCAAUAGAGGUGAAUUGCCGAAGAAAUUGGCGGAGAUUAUGGCGAAGCCGUGGGAGAACGAUAAGAAGGUGCUGGCUGUGGGCUGUAACGACGUGGGCCGGCUAGUUAAGGAGGUGCCGGAUCAAAGAGGCCAGCUGGAGAAGUUGGGCUUGAAAAGGAGGGUUAUGGAGUUGAUGAGUGAUCCGGACGAGGCGGUCAGGUGGGAGAGUUUGAGGGCGGUGGGGGAGUGGUUGAGGUAUAACGUUGAGAAUUGA